AAAAACUGGAUGAAACGUGGUUAGUGACACUUCUCUGAAAGGCUUUUAUUUCGAUACUUCAAAAUUCCGCGACCCGGAAGGACUUUUUUUGUGUGUCGCUGACGAGUCGCUGGUCCAUGUGUUGUGGUAGCUGAUAGCAAGCUAACGUUAGAAAACUAUGUUUAGAUCAAAAUGAGUUCUCAAAAGGGCAACGCAUCGCGCUCGCGAGGACAAAAGCACCAAAACACGACUGCGUACAAGAACGACAAAUAUGGAGCAAGUGUUCAAGUAAAGAUCGCAAACUCGAAGGUCCACGACGGGUUAUGUCAACGCUGCAAGGAAGUUAUUGAGUGGAAAGUCAAAUACAACAAAUACAAAUCCCUUACCCAACCUCGAACAUGUGUGAAAUGUUCUCAGAAGACGGUGAAGGAUGCAUAUCACGUCAUUUGUAAAACCUGUGCCCUGAAGCUGGAGCUUUGUGCCAAGUGUGGGAAGAAAGAGGACAUCGUAAUUCCGGUUUACACACAGAAGCAAGGAGAGGAAGAGGAGGAAUACACCAAUCAAAAGAUGACCGGAUGUACUCGGAGGAAGGAGGACUUCAAUGAGCUUGAUGAUGACUUUGGUGACUUGGGCAGUGAUGAUGAUGACUUUGCCAGUGACUCAGGUCCUGACAAGGCAGGAAGCGGCAAGGCCCUUGUCCCUAAUGUGGCACAUGUUAGUUUCAAAGACUAAAGACUGCUAAACCAGGAUGACCCUAAAUGUACCUCCAAUCCAUUUAAUUGUAUUAAUAUACUUAUCCUCUGAUUAUACAUACUUUUGCUAAGAAGACUCAUCACUGUAGAUUGAUUCACUCUAAAAUACAAUAGCCUACUUGUGUUGGGAUGUUAAAUGGACAAACACCACUUUCAAUUAACUGUUUUGUAGUAAAUCCUAUCAGACAGCAAUUUUUGUCAUGCUUUGAUGGGUUUAAGGAAGCAUUAUCUUGUUUUGUUUGUGAAGGAAUAUUCACAAGCACUAUUGGAUUGAAGUCAUAAUAGUGCCCCAGCAGCUGUUUUUAAACUUUUCCAGAUACAGAAAUACACACGCAUGUACACAUGUGUCAAAAGAUACAUUUUGAGAAAAUAGUCAUUAUUUCUAUUUAUUCUGACAAUGUAUUUUGAGUAAUAUGCAAUAUUUCAGCUCAAUGCUUUCCUCUGUAGGCCAUAGUGGAACAUCUUCUCUCAGAUUUCUCCCUUUUUUAGAGCUACAAGUGGACCAUAGUCUUUAUGGUGAGUCGCACUAACUUGUUACCACACUUUUAACAUAAUUCAUUGAUCUCAGUGGGUUUUAUUUAGUGCCUUUGGUAAUGACCACAUGCCAGUUUUGUUCUGCUUAUUCAAACACAUGAUCUAAAGUCCAAUGACCUUAGUGCUCCUCCUGACUUAAAGGAGUAGUUUACCCAAAUAACAAAACAAAAUGUGUUUCCUUAACUUGAAAGCAUAGUCUGUCCUCAUGCAUAGAUUGCUUUAAGAUACUACAAUGAUUAGUCUGUAGAUGCUGCCUCAAAUUUCCAGAGUGAGCGCUCUGCUACUUUCGAAAAAUGUCUUAAUUAUUUGGAUGCAGAUAUCAAAAGUAUGCCAAGCAUAUAGGGCUCCUGAGUGGAGCAGCGGUCUAAGGCUCUGAAUCUCAGUGCUAGAGGCAUCACUACAGACCCUGGUUCAAUUCCAGGCUGUAUCAAACCCGGCCGUGAUUGGGGUCCCAUAAGGCAGUGCACAAUUGGCCCAGCAUCGUCCGGGUUAGGGCUUGGCCGGGGUAGGCCGUCAUUGUAAAUAAGAAUUUGCUCUUAACUGACUUGCCUAGUUAAAUUGAAUAAAAAAUAUACUUUUUUCUAUUAAUUUCAUUUCAGGAAGAUCCUAAACAUAAUAAACUUUGGGCCAAACUCGCAUGGAAUGCCCCUGGAGAUUAAGACAAGUGUAUCAAUCAUAUUUCCUUUCUGUGUGAGAUGAUCUGCGUCUUUCUAUCAACUGGAACAUCUGUGGUUUAGGGCUGAAGCAGUGCCUGUUUGAAAUUGUCUGGAUUAUGACAUAGAAGUUGCUUAAUACAAUUGUCUUCUGGUUUAUUUCAUUUGAAGAUGUUAGCUAAUUUACUUGGCCUAUUGGGACAUAUAUAAAGCACUAUUAAUCAUUAGUAUCAUAACAAUCUCUUAAUAGUUUCAACCAUAUUUUGAAGCAAUACAUUAGGCCUAAUUAUUUGUAUUUUCUACAAACACUGGAGUAAAACAACGUUAUAUUUUACAUUUCCAUUUUAGUCAUUUAGCAGACGCUCUUAUCCAGAGCGACUUACAGUAGUGAAUGCAUACAUUUCAUACAACUUUUUUCUGCGCUGGCCCCCCGUGGGAAUCGAACCCACAACCCUGGUGUUGCAAACACCAUGCUCUACCAACUGAGCUACAGGGAAUUUUAGGUUACGAUGUGGUUAGUCAUAUGAACUAAGCUCAUGAACUUGUGAUAUCCUUCUGAAACUAAGUGGUUACCAUUGUGGUGUUUUUCAAAUUAAGGAGUAGGCCUUUAAUACAUUUUUUUUUUACAAUUUUCAACGGGGUAUUCAAUAUCUUUUUGACCCAAACCAUUUGGUGCCCUUACUUAUAAGCCAUUGGAAAAGCUCCUUGGUGUUUGUGGUAUAUUAACUCCUAGUAUUGCACACAGCUGGAAUCAUGCAAGUUAUUUGUUAAGCAAACUACACUGAACAAAAUAUAAACGUAACCUGGUCCCAUGUUUCAUGAGCUGAAAUAAAAGAUCCCAGAAAUGCUUAAUACGCA